ACCCAUCAGGAUGUGUGUGUGAGAUCUCCUGGAGUUUAUAAAACACACACACACACACUCCACCAAAGUGACUUUCUGUGGGAAAUGAGUCACAAUCAGAGUGUGUGAGCGACAUUCAUAUUAAUGACGUCAUGUAACACAAUCAUCCGGUCAUUGAAGUUCAGAUCUUCUGCAGGAUGAUGAACGGGACACAUGGACUUGCAUCUGUUUUACUUCUGCUCGGAUGGUUUGAUCGGACACGGCUUGAGUUUGGUGAAGCUUCAUGAGCUUUAGGUGCACCGCUGAUGAUGAUGAUGAUGAUGAUGAUGAUGAUGAGCUCUUUUCUUCAAACCUGCUUCAUAGUGAUGAUGGUGAGAGCUGAUCAGUUCCACCACAGAGACUCAUCCAUCUGUCAGCUCAAUACACAACAAAGCGAGCUCAACUCCUUCCUGUGGACUAUAAAGCGAGACCCGCCCUCUUAUUUCUAUGGCACGAUUCAUGUUCCCUACACACGCGUGUGGGACUAUAUCCCAGCGAACUCCAAAAAGGCCUUCCAGGAGAGCAACAUCGUGUACUUCGAGUUGGACCUGACCGACCCGUACACCAUCUCAGCGUUGACGAGCUGUCAGCUCCUGCCGCAGGGUGAGAAUCUACAGGAUGUGCUGCCCAAAGACAUCUACCGGCGGCUCAAGAGACACCUGGAGUAUGUCAAACUCAUGAUGCCCUCGUGGAUGACCCCAGAUCAGCGUGGCAAGGGCCUGUACGCAGACUACCUGUUCAAUGCCAUAGCAGGAAACUGGGAGCGCAAGCGGCCGGUGUGGGUGAUGCUGAUGGUGAACUCUUUGACAGAGGCGGAUAUAAAGACUCGCGGCGUUCCCGUGUUGGAUCUAUAUCUAGCGCAGGAAGCGGAGCGGAUGAAGAAGAAGACGGGAGCCGUGGAGAGGGUUGAGGAGCAGUGCCACCCUCUGAAUGGACUCAACUUCUCUCAGGUGAUUUUUGCUUUGAAUCAAACUCUACUGCAGCAGGAAAGUCUCCGGGACGGAAGUUUACAGGUCCCGUACACCACAGAAGAUCUCAUCAAGCACUACAACUGUGGAGAUCUGAACGCCAUCAUCUUCAACCACGACACCUCACAGGUUCCAAACUUCAACAAUGUGACGUUGCCGCCGAGCGAGCAGAUGACGGCUCUGGAGAUCGACCGCUACUUCAGACAGGAGCUCAUCUACAAGCGGAACGAGAGGAUGGGGCGACGAGUCAAAGCCCUGCUGGAGGAACAUCCAGACAAGAGCUUCUUCUUCGCCUUCGGAGCAGGUCAUUUUCUGGGAAACUAUACUGUGAUUGACGUGCUGCGCAGUGAAGGAUACAAGAUUGAACACACACCUGCUGGACAACUGCUGCACAGCAGCAGAUCGAGCUGGAGUUCAGACUCACUGACGGAAGCAGACGCGCAGCUGCAGCCGUUCCUGCACGAGCCGCAUGCGCUGGAGGAGGACGAGGAGGAAACGCCACCUCACCUGCUGCCCGACAGUCUGGAGCUCCUGCAGAAGAUCCAACGCAAACUGAAGAAGAAACAUCGCAACAAACACAAGAAACAGCCACAUCGACACUUCAACGACCUCUGGGUGCGCAUGGACGACAGCACAACGGCUGAACCCCCGCCUCCUCUCGUACGCAUCAUCAACGGUUACAUCACAGUCCAGACACACCCACAAGAUGGCGGCAGACCCAAUCAUGACAGGACGUUCUCAGACUCCGCCUCCUCAUGGACAGGCUCCGCCUUCAUGCCGUUCAUUCUAUGUGUUCAGAUGGUCACGCUCCUCAUCUUAUAACCCGACCUCUCGUGACCUCUGACGAUCUCUCGGGCUUGGAGUUUACACGGACCAUUUGGGGUUGAUUCUGGAUGCACACACACACACACACACACACACACACACACACACACACACACACACUCACACACAGAGACACACUCUCUCACAAACAGAGCACACACACACACUCACAUUCACACACACACUCACACAGAGACACACACACACACACACACACACAAACAUUCACACACAGACACACACACACACAUAGAGACACACACACACACAGAGACACACACACACACACGCACACACACACAGAGACACACACACACACACACACACACACAAACUCACACACACACUCACACACAGAGCUCCUAAAACUUUACUCUUCAUUUCUUGAAGAAUCACUUUGAUGUAUAUAAAUAUCAGAUGUAUCAUAGAUGUAAUUUAGAGUUAUGAAUAAAGCAUUUGUUUGUUUACCGCUAUAUAAAUAGAGUCAUUAUAUUUUUGACUAAAUCUGAUACUAACAAGCAUUUCUCAUAUUUCAACU